AUGUCUCUAAUAAAGAUGCUUUUUGGUAGGGAGAACUGGUUUCUCGUUUUAGUCCUUAUAUUAGUCGGACUGGAGCAGGGAAUCCGAAUUGCUACGAUUUUGCUACCUAAUCGUAUUCGAUUAUGGUUUUAUAACAAAUCACAAAGAUUAUAUUUAUGGGUUUUUCCGGAAUUGAUGUGUGAUGGAAUGGUUGGAGCAAUGUGUUCUGCAAAAGACACGGUUGAUCUUUGCGGAAUUCAUGGUUAUGCAGUUGAAGAGCAUUUUAUCCGUACGAGUGAUGGAUACUUACUCUGCUUGCAUAGAAUUAUGCCGAAGAUUAAACCGAAACAGUCUCCCAGUCCCCGGCCGCCAAUACUGUUUGUGCACGGACUUAUGAUGAAUUCAGAAGUGUGGGUUACAAAUAUGAAAAGAAAAAAUAACUUGCCUUUAGUCAUGUGUGACGAGGGUUACGAUGUAUGGCUCGCCAAUCUUCGAGGAAAUAAGUACAGCAAAAAGAACAGUCGUUAUCCUUCAGAGAAAAAGGAUUUCUGGGACUUUUCGUUGGAUAAUUACAUUGUUUUCGAUAUCCCAGCGUCAAUAGACUAUGUGCUUUCAGUAACUAACAGGGACAAAAUUAAUCUUGUUGGUUUCUCACAAGGUUCUAUUAUUCUACUGGCUGCGAUGUCGAUGCAUCCGCAUUCGUACAAAUCGGUGAAUGCAUUACUUGCUUUUGCUCCUACUAUAUCUCCGAAAUACUAUCAGUCAAAAAUUGUUCAAGCUAUUAUGAACGCAAAUUCACAAUUUCUCUUUUUGUUAUUUAGUCGAAAAUCUCUGUUGGCAUCUGUAACAUUUUGGCAGGCUGUUCUUUACCCUCCUGUAUUUGCAAAAAUAAUCGAUCUUUCAUUGAAUUUUUUGCUUGACUGGUCAAGCAAAAAUAUUAAUGAUGAACAAAAAGUUGUUUCUCUUUCGCACCUAUACUCUUUUACCUCUGUUAAGGCUUUUAUUCAUUGGACGCAAAUUGUACGAAGCAAAGUAAUUCAGAUGUUCGAUGACAACCCAGGUCCUCAAACAAGUUAUUAUACGAACUUGAAUCGGAUUGCUCGCUAUCCUGUUGAGAAUAUAAAAUUACCGAUUUUAACCGUUUACGGAGCCAGCGAUUCCCUUGUAAACAUCGAUGUACUCAAGACUGUUGGUGACCAUUUUGAGGAUUUCAUCAAGGUACCAAACUAUGAAGAGUUGGAUCUCUUGUUCGGACGAAACUGCUAUGAGGAUGUAUACAAACCAACGCUUGAAAAGUUCAAUGAAAUUGCACGCCCGCAAUCUAGCAGUUCUGCAUCGACAAGUUCAAGCAAGGCAGCGCGAAAAGUGAUUGCCUGA